AUGUAUAUGUUCUUCGAUGAAGAAUCCCAAGAUUUCGACCCCGACGCGGGUGAUUUCUACGAUGGUCCGCCGAUCUUUGAUGAAGAGCCUCCAGUGACAGAUAAACAUCUUUGCAAGGACAUGGACAUGAAGAUACCUUUCGUUCUCAGUAUUGGAGCAUUGGACGUGGUAAACUUUGGACCAGAAGAUACCAUCCUCUUGCAAUUUCAAGAUGGGAAGUUUUUUGAACACACUAACCAGAUGGGUGUCUCUGGAUUGGAUUCCCCAGGCAAGGCCUUCUAUGACCCUGCUGCUACCGGAGCUCUUGUAGUGGACUUGCAGAGGCUAAUUGAAUUAUAUGAGUAUAGAGAGGUCAAAGUUUUCCCAGAACACGUUAAUGUCAUGCAGUUUGAUGUUUUGGAUGGGAGUGUUGAACUGGUUGGACGGUAUUCAACUUUCGUGCACGAUAGUGGAAUGGCGAUUCCUACCUUGGGUACUACUCUGGUGUCAGCACGUUUGGAACCAUAUUUGGGCGAGAAAGCAGAUGGAGACGAGAUCCAUUCGGAUUCGAAGGCGAAUCAUCCUCAACCCGGGGAGGAUGAUGGAGACGAGAUCGCCUUGGCAUUCUUGGAGAAAUACGAGCGACGUCGACGUCACACAUGA